GUCAAAAGUUAAGGUGUUUUGAAGAUGAUCGAUUUAAGAAUAUUUUUGUGGUUGGCUAGUUUAGUGUUCUUGGGACCUAUAUCUUCAUUGUCGCCUAAGGAUGUGGAUUGGUGCGAAAUUGAAAAGUAUCAUUGCAAAAACGCUCAUCAUGUUGCAUGUUUAGACCCAAAAACCGACGAUAAUUUUUUCCCUUCUGUAAAAUUAAUUGAUUCAACCGAAGAAUUUAAGCAGAAACUACUGAAACAGAUAAAUGAUAAUCGAAAUGAACUUGCUGCAGGAACGUUUCCGGGUAUCCCAUAUCAAGCGUCAAGAAUGAUGAAGGUAGAUUGGAGUGAAACUAUGGAAUAUUUAUCACGAGCUGAAUUACAGAGACGCAAUUCGUCAAAUUAUUGCCGAAUAUCAAGCAAUGGAGCAUUGGAUGAUACUGUUGAAACAUUUUCUGCAAAGCUUCCAAAUCUCUUUAUUAGUAAUAAAAAUCAACUUGAUAGUUUUUUCGAUUACUUCAUUAGCCUUAUAUUUUACUCAGUGUUUGCGCGGACUAAAAUCCAAAAAUAUAAUUUAGUAGAUAUAAAAGCGAAUACUGUAGAAUUGUAUAAACUUUUUGAAAAUAAUACUGUUAACGGAGCAUCUUUCACUGACCAAUAUCUAUAUGGAAUAGGUUGUGCCUUUUCAAUUCUACCUUCUUUUGAAGAUUCUCCAAAUAGAACCGACAAUGAUCAAGAGCUGAAUUCUAAAUUUCUUUGUACACUUCAGCACAGAUUCAAUUACAAUUAUACAUAUAAAAUUGGUCCACCUUGCUCUGAGUGUAAUUUACUGAAAAUGCGCUGUAGUAAGUAUUACCCAAAUCUUUGCGAGAAAUACGAUGAAGAAUCUGAAAAAGUAGAUAUUCACAGUAAAAUUGGAAGUGGAUCACUGGCCAAUAAAACUUUCGGAGUAUUAAUUAUUUUGCUGAGUGGUUUUGUAAUUCAUCACGGUAUAAACUGAUCGUGAUUACUAAACUUUUGGGAAUUUAAGAAUUUUCCAACACAGAAGACACAAUUCAUGUAUUAUUAUAAAUUGACAAUAAUAGGGUCAUCCCUUUUACAAUUGUGAAAGAAAAAAAAUAUU